AGCCUCCCUUACCCGGUCUCAUUGUUACCACCAUGGGCCACUUCAGCAGGGAUUUUGCCCUCGCCCACGACCUUCUCGCUAAAAGGGCUGCAUCCAGUCAAGCAGGAAUUAUCUCUGGUGACAAUCCUAUUCGCUAUAACGACGUAGACCCACUUCGUCUAUGGGUUAUUCAACUUGUCAUUAUUGUCUGUUUCACCCAGAUCCUUGCUCUCAUUCUCGGUCGUAUUCGCCAACCACGGGUCAUUGCAGAAGUAAUCGGUGGCAUUUUACUUGGACCUAGUGUGAUGGGUCGGAUUCCCCAUUUCAAUGACACGAUAUUCCCCAUACAGUCUAUGCCCCUCCUCAACCUCACAGCCAAUGUCGGCCUCGUCCUCUAUAUGUUCUUGGUCGGAAUGGAAAUAGACGUACGGGUCCUUAAAAGACACUUCCGUGCAUCGGCCAUAAUUUCCGUCGUUGGGCUUAUCCUCCCGCUGGGGCUUGGUGCCGCGUUGGGCAUUGGCGUUUAUAAACAAUUCGUGUCGCCGACCGUGAACUUUGGAUACUUCCUCCUCUUCGUUGCUGUUGCGAUUGGGAUCACAGCUUUCCCCGUACUCUGUCGUAUCUUGACAGAGCUCAAGCUGUUGGAUACUACUGUCGGUGUCGUUACCUUGUCGGCUGGUAUUGGGAACGAUGUCGUUGGGUGGAUCUUAUUGGCUUUGACGGUGUCACUCGUCAAUGCUGCCACCGGCCUGACUGCCCUAUAUGUCUUACUCGCCAGCAUUGGGUUCGUCAUAUUCUUGUUGUAUCCUGUUCGAUGGGUUUUUGCUUGGACGGCAAGGAGAACCGGUAGCUUGGAACAAGGGACGCCAACAACAUUGAUGAUGACGAUCACCUUGUUAUUGGUCUUCCUCUCUGCGUUCUUCACGGAUAUCAUCGGAAUUCAUGCAAUUUUUGGCGGUUUCCUGACUGGUCUCAUCAUUCCAAAAGAGAAUGGUUUCGCAAUAUCCCUAGUAGAGAAAAUCGAAGAUCUCGUUGGUAUAUUGUUUUUGCCGCUGUACUUCACCCUCUCUGGAUUGCGUACUAAUCUAGGACUGCUUGACACUGGUGCCACUUGGGGGUACAUUAUCCUCAUAUGUUUGGUCGCCUUCGUGUCAAAAUUCGUACCUUGCGCGGCGGCAGCCUCGGUAUUCGGCUUCAGCUGGAGAGAGGCAGGUGCUAUCGGAAGUUUGAUGAGUUGCAAAGGUCUUGUUGAACUUAUCGUUCUCAAUGUUGGGUACCAGGCGAAAGUUCUUGAUGACCGCACCUUCUCCAUGUUUGUCAUUCAUGCCAUCGUGCUCACAUUCAUAACUACGCCAUUGACGCUUGCAUUCUACCCUGAGAGGGUACGCAUUCAUUCCUCAGCGCCUUCUCAUGCCCCGAAGCCCGUCCUUGGUGAUUCCGAAGGAGGAAAGGAUGGCCAGAAGACCGUUGUGGACGGCUCGAAUAGGACCCGUUUCGCACUAGUCCUUGACAAGCUUGAGCAGCUGCCCGCUGCUAUGACCUUAGCUCAGUUGUUACACCUAUUCAGCGAUGUAGCACCACCAACCGCCACUUUGGUCGAUUCCACUAAUGGCUCCGACAUUGAUGCCAAGGCCGAUUCUCCCGAGCUCCCAACGCUUCCCAAGGAGAGUUCGAAAAACUCAGCGGCCUCCGGAUUUGUCGAGUUCACUCUGCUCCGUCUGAUUGAACUUACGAAUAGAACUUCAGCAGUCUUCAGGUCAACAGAAGCCGCUGCUCUCGUUCACACCGACCCUGUCACGUCUGUUUUCAACACCUUUGCGUGGUUAGCGGGGCUGGGCAACCGUUCAACUUCUGCAGGCCAAGGGAGCACGCUCGACACUGCAUUAGAGGUUGUCCCAUGGGAAGAGUUUCCCAACGUCGUCUCUCGACAUGUUGAAGAUAGGAAGGUGGAAAUGGUCUUGAUUCCCUGGGCUAGUACCGGCUCCGGCGCUGCCACCGCCGCUCUUGGCAACCAAGAAGGUCUGGCUGCCAGAAAUCCAUUUGAUGGUGUCUUCAAUCGUUCUGCCACCUCCUCUGGACCGGGCGAAGCCGGCGCGACCCAACAUGACCAGAUGUCUUCAGUGGUUUACGCCGAGUUCAUUAGGAAGAUGUUCUUGACUACUCCUUGUGAUGUCGCUUUGUUCGUGGAUCGCGGAAGUGGACGUCUAAGCGUAGAGUCCGCCUUGACCGCGUCUCCCCUUCAAACCGCCGACACUUUACUCUUCCUCCCCUUCUUCGGUGGCCCAGAUGACAGACUAGCUCUCGAGUUUUUGGUUCAGAUCUGUUCCAGAAACUCCGGUGUCAAAGCCAUCGUUGUCAGAAUAAAAUGCCAGGAUGGUGACGAAAGCGGCGACGAGGGCGAGAGCGACGCCGAAAAAGAGAAAGUAGUUCACAACACCAUCAGCGGCGCGGAUACAGUUUACGGUCAACAAACCACUCAGACAAGAUUGGCUAGUGAUACUGCCGAUAACAUUCUUUGGGAGACUCAUUCCAAUGCUGGAUUCUCGAGGAUUUCGUUCAGUGUCAAGAAGACUUCGAAGCCUUUGCAGGAGGUUGUUGAUAUGGUUUCCACUGUUCCUUCGACAGGGGACACCCCUCCGCUGACUGAACUGACGAAUGCGGUCAAGAAAGGGGCGAAUGUUGUUGUGCUUUGUGGACGAUCGCGACGAAGGGCGAUGCAAUCGCCUUCGAGGGAGUUGACUCAGAUCGUUAGUGGUACCACAGCAGGAGCUGUUCUAGCAGGCUCUGUAUCGCGGACUCUGGGUGAUGUCGGUGCUGCCAUGGUUGCUGUAGGAGCGAGAGCUAGUCUAUUGGUGGUUCAGGCUCGUCUAGAUAAAUCAUCUUAGGUUCGAAUUCUAAGUUCGUGGAAUCCUUUUGGGCAGUUGUAUAUUAAUACUUUCGAUUUUCAUGGCACUUUAAUGACUACUUAUACCAGAACUAUACAAUGAUUCUUUACUACGAUUGCGAUAAACGCCCUAAAAGCUGGGAAACCGACCAGUGUUGCUCAGGACACUGUCGGACACUAGCCGUCACCACGUGUAGCCG